AGGAUUGAGGAGAGGGAACUGGCCAUGUUGACGCAGGUUUCUAUGCCAACGCUGGCCUGCCUGGACAUCUUCCUCGGUAAUUGCCUCAACAACCGCAUAAUUUCGCAUGAUGCCUGGCUCAACUGUUUUGACAUAGACUCCAUGGAAAAGAUUUUCAAGGCUUACCCUACUCUAAACCAGAAGCUGCCAGACAAAAUUACUUUUGUCAUUUCUCAGGAGUUUGAGGACAUAUAUCCAGAGAUGAUACCGAAGGAGCGAGAACGAGUUUACUCGAAGAAGCAUGGAGCCAUCUUUAUUACACAAAUUGGGAAGACGCUAAAAUCAGGAAAUAAACACGAUGGACGUGCGCCCGACUAUGAUGACUGGGACAUUAUUUUUUACAAUGAAUUACUGGACAUUCGUCUGGAACUAUCCAGCUUGGGGAUCCGCGUGGAUGAGGCUAUGGAGAGACAGUUGACGCUUUCUGGACAAGAAAAAAGGAAUCAGUUUGACUUCCACAGAAGACUUCUCAAUUGUGGACUCCCCUACACGGUAGAUGGUGGUAUUGGUCAAUCUCGGUUGUCUUUAGAUUCAAGAGGGUCAAGAAAAUGCUAA